CUAGGGUUCUGGGAGGUGCGGCCGUUCUCGUCACUGCAGCUAGGGACCAGCUCUCGGCCGCGCGCCCGCCGCCGCCGCCGCCGCCGCCUCCAUGCUGCAGCGCGGAGCGCAGCUCCUCUGGGCCGGCUUUGCCUGCACGCACCACGCUGGGGAGCGGCUCUCCCAGGCCUGCCGGGGCGGCGGCUGCCAGCCCGGACUGCAGCUUCCCGCCUCCAGCUUGAGCUGAACCCUUGUCCCAGGGCCUCAGCCAGCGGGAGGGGCGCCCACCGCGCUGUGUGCAGCUGCUUGGGGAGGCGGUGAGCCCGUGCAGAGCAGCAGGAACCGUGUGUGUGUGUGUGUGUGUGUGUGUGUGUGUGUGUGUGUGUUCGCCUGCGUGCUUUUCUUCUUCCCUUGAAGAUGUCAGAUGUGAAUGGCUUCUCAGCUAGCUGGUCCUUAGGAUUCUGGACUUUGUGGAGCUGUGAGCACAACGCACCCAUGUAAUUCAUGUUGUGUGGUCGGUUAUCUUAAGGGGGGAAAAAGGCGCAACUCGACGGGGGUGGGGCAGAUCCAUGAAAGAUUCUGGAAAGGAGAAAUAGAAAAGGGGAGGCAUAGAAAUAUGAAUAUUGAAAGACCCGAGAAGACUUUUGGAAUUUCCCGGCUGGCCCUUCAGUUUUCCCGGCACGAAUCUGGAGGUUUUCCCACCUUUUAUAGUCAUCUUGGUGUUUCUCUAGUGUUUUGUAAGCCUCUUUCCAGCUAGCUGCGUGUGUGUUUUGCGUAUGUUUGUGCGCCUGUGUAUGUGCGCGCGCCUAUCGGAUGCAUUUGACAGUCUUUUUUCCAACUGCCCAGAAGCAAACGUGUUAACUCAGAGAUGCCCCUCCGUGCCCAGGUUCUCGCAGAGCGUGGAGGACACCCAGACUCGUUUUCCUGGCUGGAUUCCGGGAGGCUGAUGGGCUGUGAACCCAGGUGUAUGGAUCACUUAAUCCAGAGGCUUGGAAAGUGGCUGUAUUAACCAGCUUCCAGGUACAUCGCAAGGUCAAGAGAGGGACUUGCAGCUGUAUUAUUUCCCUGCAUCUUGACUUUCCUGUUUUGGUCCGAAGAAUAUGAAUGUGUCUGUCCACAACAUUUGAAGCCCAAACUUCGAGCUGGUUUACUGUUCAAACAAGGUAAUGAGGAUUGCUUUUCAAACUGCUUAACGAAUCCCCGACGCUUCCAUAGCCCUUCCAGGACUCCCUUUACUCCCCAGCGAAAUGUCACCAGCUUUUGAAUUCCAAGGAUUUGGCUGCAGGAGAACUUGAAGGAAGCGUGAUCAAAGGGCUAUGUGAGAAAGCGACUGCUCUCUUUGCCGGCGGGCUGGUGGGCUUCCGGAGCGGAUCUAGAGAAGGACCAGUUCUGUUUCUCCCUCCCGGUGCGGUUCUGGGAGUGCUUGUGCAAGUGUGAGUGCGCGCGCGCCCGGCUGAGAAUGUGUGAGUGUGUGUGAGCGUGUCUCUGUGUGUGCGCGGCCGCCCUGCUUCUGCCCGCUCCCCGGUCGCGGAGCCACCGGUUUCAUGGGGCGAUUUGCGCUGAAUCCCCACCCAGCGCGACCUGAGAGCAGCGACGGCAGGGGCAGGAGCCACCUCUCUGACUCCCUAGGAUGCGGGUGCUGAGCUAUGGCAAAGGGCAGCGAAGUGAUGAGCGAGACCCCAGUACGACUGUGACAGCCACCUGGAGCCACCUUGCCUGGAUCUUACCUGCCGGCAGAAAGUCUUCCUACGACCGUCUUUCCCCCUAGAGGCACCAGAGUCCCUGUAUCCAUUCUGCCAGGUGUGGAGAAGAUAUGCAGUAGCUGACAACCUUCCAUCUGACACCACUCUCAGAACCAGCAUUGGAAAUGCGUUCACCCUGCCAGUCUUCUGCAGCAGCCAGGCCAAGUGCUGACUCCUUCAUGUUAGUAAGGAACUCUUCAGGCUCCAGAAGCUCUUAAUCCUGAUCUACAAUGGAAAAAUUCCUUUUUUACCUGUUUCUCAUUGGCAUAGCUGUGCGAGCUCAGAUCUGUCCCAAGCGUUGUGUCUGUCAGAUUUUGUCUCCCAAUCUUGCAACCCUUUGUGCCAAGAAAGGGCUUCUAUUUGUUCCACCAAACAUUGACAGAAGAACUGUGGAGCUACGGCUGGCAGACAAUUUUGUUACAAAUAUAAAAAGGAAAGAUUUUGCCAACAUGACCAGCUUGGUGGACCUGACUCUAUCCAGGAAUACAAUAAGUUUUAUUACACCCCAUGCUUUUGCUGAUCUACGAAAUUUGAGAGCAUUGCAUUUGAAUAGCAACAGAUUGACUAAAAUUACAAAUGAUAUGUUCAGUGGGCUUUCCAAUCUCCACCAUUUGAUAUUGAACAACAAUCAGCUGACUUUAAUUUCUUCCACAGCAUUCGACGAUGUUUUUGCCCUUGAGGAGCUGGACCUGUCCUAUAAUAAUCUAGAAACGAUUCCCUGGGAUGCUGUCGAGAAGAUGGUGAGCUUGCACACCCUUAGUUUGGAUCACAAUAUGAUUGACAACAUUCCUAAGGGAACUUUCUCCCACUUGCACAAGAUGACUCGGCUAGAUGUAACAUCAAAUAAACUGCAAAAGCUGCCUCCUGACCCUCUCUUUCAGCGAGCCCAGGUGCUGGCCACCUCAGGAAUCAUAAGCCCAUCGACUUUUGCAUUGAGUUUUGGUGGAAACCCCUUGCAUUGCAAUUGUGAGUUGCUGUGGCUGAGGCGAUUGUCAAGAGAAGAUGACCUUGAGACGUGCGCUUCUCCUGCACUCUUAACUGGUCGUUAUUUUUGGUCAAUUCCUGAGGAAGAGUUUUUGUGUGAGCCUCCGCUAAUCACUCGUCAUACACAUGAGAUGAGAGUCUUGGAGGGUCAAAGGGCAACACUGAGGUGUAAAGCUAGAGGAGACCCUGAACCUGCCAUUCAUUGGAUUUCUCCUGAAGGGAAGCUGAUUUCAAAUGCAACAAGAUCUCUGGUGUAUGAUAAUGGAACACUUGACAUCCUUAUAACAACUGUAAAAGAUACAGGGGCUUUUACCUGUAUUGCUUCCAAUCCUGCAGGGGAAGCAACACAAACUGUGGAUCUUCACAUAAUUAAACUCCCUCACUUACUAAACAGCACCAAUCAUAUCCAUGAGCCUGAUCCUGGUUCUUCAGAUAUCUCUACAUCCACUAAGUCUGGUUCGAAUGCUAGCAGUAGUAAUGGUGAUACAAAAAUAAGUCAAGAUAAAAUUGUGGUGGCAGAAGCAACUUCGUCAACAGCACUACUUAAAUUUAAUUUUCAAAGAAAUAUUCCCGGAAUCCGUAUGUUUCAAAUUCAGUACAAUGGUACUUAUGAUGACACCCUUGUUUACAGAAUGAUACCUCCUACGAGCAAAACAUUUCUGGUCAAUAAUCUGGCUUCUGGAACUAUGUAUGACUUGUGUGUCUUGGCCAUAUAUGAUGAUGGCAUCACUUCCCUCACUGCCACAAGAGUCGUGGGUUGCAUCCAGUUUACUACGGAACAGGAUUAUGUCCGUUGCCACUUUAUGCAGUCCCAGUUUUUGGGUGGCACCAUGAUUAUUAUCAUUGGUGGAAUCAUUGUUGCAUCCGUGUUGGUUUUCAUCAUCAUACUAAUGAUCCGGUAUAAGGUUUGUAACAAUAAUGGGCAACACAAGGUCACGAAGGUUAGCAACGUUUAUUCUCAGACUAAUGGGGCUCAGAUGCAAGGCUGCAGUGUCACGCUGCCCCAGUCCAUGUCCAAACAAGCCAUGGGCCAUGAAGAGAAUGCCCAGUGCUGUAAAGUUGCCAGUGACAAUGCGAUUCAGUCUUCAGAAACUUGUUCGAGUCAGGACUCUUCUACCACUACCUCUGCUUUGCCUCCUACCUGGACUUCAAGUGCGCCUGUGUCUCAAAAGCAGAAAAGAAAGACUGGCACGAAGCCAAGUGCUGAGCCGCAGAGUGAAGCUGUCACAAAUGUUGAGUCCCAAAACACUAACAGGAACAACUCAACUGCCUUGCAGUUAGCUAGCUGCCCUCCUGAUUCUGUUACAGAGGGGCCCACAUCUCAAAGAGCACAUACCAAGCCAAAUGCUUUGCUGACUAAUGUUGAACAGAAUGUCCAGGAAACACAGAGGCUGGAGUCCAUAUGAAGAGCACCACUUCUCUCUCUCCUGAGAACAGUUGCCCCUGAUAUUUUUACUGGAUAUAAUUUGAAAAUGUUUCAGUUCACAGCGUGGAUUGUUGAACUGCUUGUCCCAGAAGGAAUUGCUCAUGGGAGCCAAAGCAACAAUGUCUCUGAUGCAGUGAAACUGGCUCCCUCCCAACAUGGUUCAUCCCCUUUUAAAACCAAAUUUUUUUCUUCUGAUCUACAAAUAUUUUUUUUAAUAAAGGAAAGAGAACAAGCCUUCAUUGGCAUCAAGUUCUGUAUCAAACCAUCCUACAUUGCCAUCCAUGAUUUAACAGACUGUAGAUUCUUGAAUAAUCUAUAUCACUUUAACAAAUAAAUGUUUUACUAUGACACAA